AUGCACUCCCCUGAGCUGCCAACCACACUCAAAGUAGACCACGCAGUAACACUCUCAAUCGAAGAUGGCGCCCUCACCGUAAUCGACAACCGUCCAUCCAGACGAAGGACAAAGACCAAGAAAUACUGCUGCGGUUUACUUACCAGACGGGACUCCAAAUCACACUAUCGCAUUGAUCUCUACACCAUAGUGAACGCCGAGACCUCCACAGAUGGCCUCACCAUCACCUACAUCGACACUGACGGCCGCAGCAACGCCGAACUAGACGUCCUUCGCUACCUCCUCCGUGAAGACGAAAGAUCGCCAGCCGCGGCCUGGACUACGCACCUGCUCGCCCGCGCCUACGGCCCGGCUCAACCCUUCAAACGGCUGAAAGUGCUCAUCAACCCCUUCUGCUCCGGCGCCGUCACGAAAUUCCGCACAUACGCCGCACCGAUCCUCGGCGCCGCGCACUGCCGGCUCGACGUCGAGGAGACGCGCCACAAAGGCCACGCAAUCGAGAUCGCCGAGAAGAUCGACCUCGACGCCUACGACGCGAUUGUGUGCUGCUCGGGGGACGGGCUGCCGCAUGAGGCCUUCAACGGGCUGGCGCGACGGCCCGAUGCGGUGCAGGCGCUUGCGCAAAUGGCGGUGGCUAUGGUCCCCUGCGGGUCGGGCAAUGCCAUGGCCUGGAACCUGUUCGGGACGGAUAAUGUCGCGCUGGCGGCGCUGGCCAUCGUGAAAGGGGUGAGCAUGCCCUUGGAUCUGCUCUCGAUCACGCAGGGGGAUCGGCAUACGGUCUCCUUCCUAUCCCAGUCGCUGGGCGUCUUGGCGGACUCGGAUCUCAAGACGGAGCAUCUGCGGUGGAUGGGCGAUCAUCGCUUCAUCUAUGGGGUCUUGACCACGAUCGCGACGAAGACGGCUUACCCCUGCGAGCUGGCCGUCAAGACGGUGGUGGGGGAUAAGCAGCAGAUCCAGGAGUACUAUCAGCGCCGCGCACCAGGCUACGGGGUAGCGGGUGGAGCCACCGAGACGCUCAGUGCCGACCCGGGUGGCAUUCCUCUCCAGUAUGGCACGGUCCGGGACCGCGUGCCCGAGGACUGGGAGGUGGUGCCCGCGGCCGGGCUGUCGAGCUUCUACGCGAGCAACAUGGCGAUUGUCGCCAAGGAUACCAACUUCUUCCCGGCUGCGCUGCCCAAUGACGGGCUGCUGGAUGUCAUGACGGUCGAUGAUUCGAUUGGGUUGAUCGGGGCACUCGAAGCGACCGUCAAGCUCCCGCAGGGCAAAUGCUUUGAGCUCGACGAUGUGCAGAUGCGCAAGGUCGCGGCAUAUCGUCUCACGCCGAAGGACAGAGAGGGGUGCAUCAGUGUGGACGGCGAGUGGUAUCCAUUCGAAGCCUUUCAGGUCGAAGUUCAUCAGGGGUUGGGGCGGGUGCUCUCGAAAUCACCCAAUGCAUACCAAGCAUAA